GCAGGCGUGCGCGUUCCCGUGCUGUAAGAUGGCAGCAACCUGGCGAGCCGCAGCGCUGGAGCAGGCCGAGCUCGUGUCGGAUCGUCUCCGGCGGCUCGCGUCCUCCGGACUGCAUUUCCUCCACAAUGAGUUCGGACUGGACCUGGGCGUGAGCCCGGAGCUCUGGCCGUCCUGGGCGAUCCUGACGGCGGUGCUGGUGGGGCUGCUGGUGGCGGUGUGGUGGGUCGUGGCCUGCGGCGGAGCCACAAGGAGAAAACGGCGAACCGGUGCGAGAGAAAAUCACGUCAACGUCAGCGGUGCCGUUAGCGCGACUGACGGCGGGAAGACCCAGCCGGCGAAGAGUGCGAGAACCGAGGAACCGAAGAAAAAGAACAAGAAGAAGGCAAGCGAGAAGCAGAAGACCCAACCAAAUGGCCGGACGGUUACUGAGCCUCGAGAAGAAAUCAAAGCUGUUCAGGAGAGCCCUAAACAGGCAACACCUCCACCACAGAAACAAUCACAAAAACAGCAGCAGCAACCCCCGCAAAAGCAGCAGCAACCCCCGCAGAAGCAGCAGCAACCACCGCAGAAACAGCAGCAGCAGCAACCACCGCAGAAACAACAACAGCAGCAGCAGCAGCAACCACCACAGAAGCAGCAGCAGCAACCACCGCAGAAACAGCAGCAGCAGCCUGCACAAAAGCAGCAGCUGCCACCACCGCAAAAACAGCAGCAGCAGCCUCCGCAAAAGCAGCAGCAACCACUGCAAAAACAGCAGCAGCAGCAGCCUCCGCAAAAGCAGCAGCAGCAGCAGCAACCACCGCAAAAACCGCAGCAGCAACCACCGCAGCAGAAACAGCAGCAGCAGCCUUCACCACCUGCUGAUGAUAAGGCCAAGAAAAAUAAGAAGAAACCAAAACCAGAGGGCAAGCAAGGCCAAAAUGCAUCAGACGGAAAGGAACCUGAUGAAGGUGCUUGGGAAACCAUGGUCAGUAACCGCGAGAAGCGUCAGCAGCGCAAGAAAGAAAAGGGUCCUGGUGAACCCGGCAGCCCUGUGGCUGGCCAGCAUGGUGGCAAGCAGACAGCACAACCUGUGGUUAUCGCUCCAGUCAUCUCUAAGAAGAACAAAGAAUCAUUGAAUUUGAAGUCUGAGAAGAAGGAGGCCGUCAUUACUCCAGCACCAGCCAACUGGAAUACUAUGAGCUCUGUGAACAGUGGAGGAUGGAAUGAAAUGUUGAAGAUCACACCUCAGGCAAACACCUCAGACAGUGAGAAGUGGUCUGUCAACAUGAAGAAAUCUGGACAGAGAAACUCUGAGCCCUUGACCCGAGCACAAGAAUCAGAUGGGACGUGGACUGCCAUGACCGGAAGAAUUAAGCCUGAGCGGAACACUGUGAACUUCGCCAUGCUUGGAUUAAACCCAUCAGCUGGAGAUCCUUCUGCUGAUUUGGGGAACUGGACUCAUGUUGACAGCGAGUGGUCUGGAAUUAAUGGUCUUGGAAGUGGGGAUUUGGGUUCCGACUGGAAUGCUCCGGCCGAGGUGUGGGGGAACUUUGAAGAACCCAAAGUGGAGACACCAGCUGUCCGAGAGACACCUGUUUCCAAGCCACCAGCGAAUGUGUCUCAGUUGCAAGAUUCAGGUGAUGAUGAUAAAGAGAAGGGAGAUCCAUCUGGAAGUGGCAAGUCCAAGAGAAAGAAGAAAAAGAAGAAGAAACCAGAGGAUGAAAAUGCUGCUUCACAGGUGAACUCAGAAGUAUUACCUGCUCCUGCAGAGAGCAGCACCCAUAAGCCCCGUCCUCAUGUGCCACAGGAGGAACCAGCCAAGCAGAAUGUUAUUUCAUCUGCCAGUCAGAAGAAAAAUGACCAGAAUUGGGAACCCCCGAAGCAAGUUCAGAAGAAAAAGGCCAGAAGAGAAACAUGAGCAACCGUGAUAUGCAACUAAUUGACAAUGUUUAUGCAAUAAUCUCAGAGUACAGACUUUUAUACAGAAAACUUACUGUACAAGUCAAAAUUCCAAAAAGCAUCAACACUGAGUUGGAGCAACUCAGCUAAAACAUUAAAUCAGUAUAAAAAAAAUCGAGCUGCAGCAGAAGAGAAUGAUCCACGGAUCAGAAAACGACAUAUGUGCACUAUGUUACACUGAAGAAAAGGAAUGGUCAUCAUCCUUGGCAUCGCACACAGUGCAUAUAUAUUUAAUUAAUAUUUUCCAACUGAUACUUUUGCAAGCGCUUAUUCGGCUAGAUCUGAGCUGUUUAAUAUCGUUUGGGAAAUUGCUAAAUUUUGAGGAUGUUUACUUUUUUUUAUGCUUUCCAUUGAUUACAGCUGCCUGUGGCACUUUUAUACUGCUGAAUUGAUUUCAGCUGUAUUGCAGUGUAGCAGUUAGUGUUAGAGGCCACAGAGAGGCACUGCGAGUCAGUACGAGUUGUAAUGAAGUACUUGAAAGUCAUCAGUAGGGGCAGUGAGAGAUUGGUAUAUUACUGUUUUUUUGCCAUCUGGUGAUUUGGCUUGGAACAAAAUGAGAGUAUAAAUUACUACAGAGACUUUUCUAACACUAGGCAUCUCCUCAGUGCUUUUUUCCCUCCUCUGUCCUCUUGAGCAUAUUUUCUCAUGGAUCUUUACAGACCUUUUGAGAUGUUUGCAUUCUUUUACUUUGUCAACGGUCAGAUGAAUUCAGUGCUUAUUUUUCUCUUGCAACCUCUGUUGUAGAAAAAGCCACGCCAUAUGUACAGAAUUAAUAAGGGCUUUUUUUUUCUAUAAUUCUGUUUAAUUGCACUGUGCUGAAGGUUGUAAAAGUCUCUAUUUUCCUUAUUUUCUGAUCUUGUUGAAAUGUGAACGUUUAAUUCCGGUUUCAUUUUUUGAUAUCUUGUAAUGAGUAGUUCAAAACGAUUUUAAUCGAGAGAAUGAGAGAUCCGAGAUGGUAAGAGCAGCUUUACUUCCAUGCUACUAAAAUAGUAUCAGUAUCAGGAAUUUGUUGCCUUAAUCUGUUCUUUGUAGUGUAUGCAUCUAUCUCUAUUUCAAGUCUUCUGAACAAGAGGUGUGGAAUUAUCAUUGUUUAAUUUCGAGUUUGAUUGAUGUCAGAGCUGCACUUACUGUUGCACGAAUCUUAUAACCGUACAUUGUAAUCAAAUAUGUCCAGUUUCUUUGUCUACUCAUACAGGUAAUACUCUCUUUAAAAAAAAGGCUUUAAUGAAUGAUCAUGAAGUGGAUAUCGCUGUUGGCAAGACUGCAGCUUUUGCUAGAUCAAAAAAAAUUGUUCUCUCUUUCCCUCCUUUUUUUUUUUUGUUCUUUUUCUUAAAGGCUUUAAGCCUUGAAUUAAAUGCGUCCAUAUGUGGAUUGACUGGGUGUUCAUCCCAUGGUCCUUUUUGUAAACUAUGGUAGAUCCUGCGUAUCUGGUACUCUGGUUUAGAAUCAGAACACCUGCCUUAGUUUUUCAUUAGAGGGGUGACUAAACCGAUGUAUUUAUAUCUGUCUCCGGUUUAUGGAUGAUUACUGAAGUCAAUGCAAUAUUUCUAUGUUGAUUUGUUAAAAAAUAAAUGAAACAUUUGAUCAUUGUU